UCAUGGCGCCUACAAAUUGAGUAUAUCAGUGAAACAAUGGCAGAGCAGUUAAAACAAACCGCAGCACUUGUGCGACUCGUGUCUUCACUUGUGUUUUUCGCGGAUUUGCUCCGGUUGAGUCGGUUAGCUUCUGCGGCAACUGCAGUUAGCUUUCGGGGUGGCGGCUUUGUCUAUUUGCUGGAAUGCGGCGUAAUGGCUGACUGAAGCGGUGACAAGAGAUGCGGGUGUGGGUGCGGGUGCGGGGGGGGAAAAUGCGUGUCCGUCCUGUCCGUCCAUAGCUGCGGGCAUCCGUGAGAUUCCCACAUCGUGGCUUCCGCUUCAGAUCAUAGUCGGUGCCCGGUUUUGUGCGUGACAUCAGCCGCUGACUAACAGGUUGGCCUGCGGGACACUUUACCGAUUAUUAACCGGGCGGUUGCUUAGAAACGCUCCCGUUAACGUUCACAGCUAACCCUGUUGUAACUUAAAACAGCAAAUGCAACACGGCUUUUUUAUUAUUUUUAUUUAUUUAUUUAUUUAAACUGAGGUGAGAUGCGUUUAAUGACCAUCGGGUUAUUUGCGUUAUUCCGACUUGUCAGCUGCUUCCAUUUCCGCGGCUUUUCUAGCCAGUGAUGCGGUGGUUACGCGGCAGAGCUAGCCACCCACUCAUUGGGCAUUCGCUGCAUGCGGUGGAGGCUGCAGCCUGCCUCCUGCCUCCUGCAGCCUGCCUCCUGCAGCCUGCCUCCUGCAGCCUGCCUUCUCCAUACCGCUUUGCAACAGACUGCAAGCUAGCUGCUAGCCUGUCCCCCCCCUUUUUUUUUGUGUGUGUGUGUGUGUUUUUUUGUUUUGGAGAAAUCCAACCCUAAAAUACUUGGUAAGAGGUUUUCCGCGUGGUUUCUGUUCAUUUGCAUGGAUGUAAUCGAGAAUGGGGUUGACUUGACCUCGUUCACGUUACUUGUGAUCAGCGUCACAGGCUCUGGGGUUCAUUUAGACAUUUCGUGUUCGUUUACUGUGCAGAGGUUGUUGCAUUGACUGCUCGACUUUUAUUAUUAAAACACCCCAAAACUAGGCGGCGAGGACAUUCCGUGACAGGUGCAGUUUUCUCUGCCGCCUCCAAAGCUUUUCUGUUCAUGCUCCGCUGGAGCAACCCAGUGAGCCUGGAGAGGGGGUUAGAUGGGAUGGAUAGCAAAGGUAGCUCCCUGCCUUCGAUGCCUGAACCAGCCAACCCUAUCAGCAUGAAGCAGCCGCCAGAGUCCCUCGGUGUCCGGAAAGGUGGGGGGGACAUGAGCAGUGACCCUGCUCUGCUAAUAGACAAAGCUGCUGCCCAGCUGGCCGCCACACUACAAGACGGUGUCCUUCAGAAGAUGGCUGGCCACAGUCACAACAACCACAGCCACGAGAGGCUCAAAGACCUCACCUCCCUCGUGCUGAACGGGGACCAGGACACACUGCCUAAGCUCUGCGCCCCCGAGCCACCGAUGCCGAAGGGUGCCGAAGUCCCCGCUACGAACGGCACCCAUCAGCACAACUGCACUCCUCACGCUGAACCCGAACUGAAGGUGACGAUACCCCAGGUGGUCAAGCAGCCGCUGUUCGAGUCAUGCUGUGCCAACGGGACCAGUUUGGCCACGACCACCGAAGAUACUGUAUCUGGUUCUGAGAAGAGACAGGACGCGAAGAAAAGGAGGGGAAGACCUCACAAACCAAAACCUCAACCCAACCUCAGUUCCUCUCCCGUCCCCGUGGAGCCACUUGACCAUGAAAAUGCUGUAGAUGGAACUGAAACAGUCGAUCAGCCUGAUCUCAUCCCAGAGUUGACUGAGGAGGGUAAAGAAGAUCCCCCUCUGCUGAUGUGUUUUUCUGUUGGUGAUUUGGUUUGGACCAAGGUGUCAGGAUACCCCUGGUGGCCUUGCAUGGUGACCACGGAUCCAGAAUUCAGCAAUCACUUCAAACAGAAAGCUGCCAACAGCAGGUCGGGCCUCCUUUACCACGUGCAGUAUUUUGGAGACGCCCCAGAGAGAGGCUACAUCUUUGAGAAGAACAUGGUGUCCUUCACUGGGGAGGAUCAAUACCAGGAGCUCAGCCAGGGCAGCAAACAGCCAGCCUCCCGUGUCAUCCAUAAAAAGGCUCCCUCUGUGCCCCGUAAACUUGAGGCUCAGUGGAACAUGGGCGUCAAUCAAGCCAAGGAGGCCCUCAGCAUGUCACUGGAUGAGCGCAUGGCGAACUUCGCAUUCCUGUAUGAUGAUGAUGGGCCUCAUCUGAACCCCCACAUCAUGGAGAAGUUGAAGCCAGUAGAGAGCAACGAGAUGGACGAGGAAACGGAGUCUAGGCUUAGCCCAGAUCUCCCCUCGCUGCUGAUGGGCCCCACCGACGACCCCACAACCGCCCCUCAGUCCCAAGACAGCACUUCCCCAGGGAAAAAGACACAAGCACCCAGAACAAAACUCAAAACGGGAGGAUGGCAGAAAAGGGGCAAAGGCCAUCUAAAUGAUUUCCUGUUGAAAGAGAGUUUGAACGACACUGUUUCGUCCAAAGAAAUGCUUCUGCCACAGUUGGCCUCACAGGAUCCCACCACUUCUGCACCAGAUACACAAGCUGAAUCAGUCAUACCUCAGAAAAAAAAGAGGAGACCCAAACAGGCUCAGUCUCCCACGAAAACGGUGAGGAGAAGGAAGAAAUCUGCAACGGAUAACACUUCUGAUCCUGCGACGAAAAGAAAAUCAAAGCUGCUGGUUUCUUCGACAGACGAUAUUUCGGAACCAGUUUCAGUUCCAGUCAAGAGGGAGCGGAAGAAGACCUCUAAAAGGCCGCUAACAGACACUUCGGCAGAAGAGGACCAGCAGCCUAAAAAAAGACGUAGAACGAGCAAAAAUGCUGAAAAUCAGGCCUCGCCUUCAGAAGGAACAGACAAAAAGCAGAGACGAAGACGAAAGAAAACUGACAAAGACGUAAAAGAAACUAAGAGGCGACUGAAGAAGCCAAACACGGUCCUCACUGAUGAUCAAGACGCAGAGAAACCAAAGCGUAGGAGAAAAAGAAAACAGGAUGGAGACAACCAGGCCACACCCUCUAGGGCAAAGAAGAGGCGGUCCUCCCCGUGUCCUGAUCCAGAGGGCUCUGGGAGUGAAGGACGUCCUGAUUCUCCGAGUGACAGCUUAGACGGGACAAAGAAAGGCGAACGGAAGAAAGAGUUUGUCUGCCAGAUGUGUGAGCAGGCUGGUGAGGACUUGGUGCCCUGUGAAGGACAGUGCUGUGGGAUGUUUCACCUGCACUGUCUGGGUCUGUCGUUCAAACCCGAUGAGAAGCUGCUGUGUCAGGAGUGCAGCACAGGAAUUCACUCGUGUUUCAACUGUAAGCAGUCGGAGGGCGAGGUGCGUCGCUGCCACGUUCCACAAUGCGGCAAGUUUUACCAUGAGGAGUGUAUCCGCCACAACCCCCUCACUGUGUUCGACAACAAGGGCUUCCGCUGUCCGCUCCACACCUGCCUGGGCUGUCACUACGGCUGCCGCACCAAGCCCAAGUCCACCAAGGGUAGGUUGAUGCGUUGCUUGCGCUGCCCUGUCGCCUACCACGUCGGUGACCUGUGUGUGGCUGCGGGCAGUGAGAUGAUCACCAACACCGCCAUCAUCUGCACCAACCACUUCAAUGCCAAGAAGGGCUACAGUCACCACAGUCAUGUCAACGUCAGCUGGUGCUUCGUCUGCUCCAAAGGGGGGCAACUGCUUUGCUGUGAAUCUUGUCCAGCAGCUUUUCACCCCGACUGCCUGAACAUCGCUAUGCCUGAUGGGAGCUGGUUCUGCAACGACUGCCGGGCCGGAAAGAAACCUAAAUACAGAGACAUCAUCUGGGUCAAACUAGGAACAUACAGAUGGUGGCCUGCAGAGAUCCACCACCCUAGAAACAUCCCCACCAACAUCCAGCAUCUUCGACACGAGAUAGGAGAGUUCCCAGUCUUCUUCUUCGGCUCCAAGGACUACUUCUGGACUCACCAGGGCCGAGUGUUUCCAUACAUGGAGGGAGACCGGGGCAGCAAGCACCAGAGGACCGGCAUCGGCAAAGUUUUCAAGAAUGCUCUGUUGGAGGCUGAAGCUCGAUUCAAGGAGAUAAAAAUUAAACGAGAGGCAAAGGAAGCACAAGAGAACAGUCGAAAACCACCCCCAUAUAAAUUUAUCAAGGUCAACAAACCCUUUGGUAAGGUUCAGGUCUACACAGCAGACAUUUCCGAGAUCCCCAAGUGCAACUGUAAGCCGACAGACGAGAGGCCGUGUGGGUUCGAGUCCGAGUGUCUGAACCGCAUGCUUCAGUACGAGUGCCACCCUCAGGUGUGUCCCAACGGGGAGCGUUGCUGUAACCAGGACUUCACUAAACGUCUCUACCCAGAGACCAAGAUCAUCAAGACCCCCGGCAAGGGCUGGGGUCUGGUCUCUCUGCGGGACAUCAAGAAGGGUGAGUUUGUGAACGAGUACAUCGGCGAGCUGAUCGACGAGGAGGAGUGCCGGGCGAGGAUCAAGUACGCCCAGGAAAACAACAUCACUGAUUUCUACAUGCUCACCAUUGACAAGGACCGGAUCAUUGACGCUGGUCCGAAGGGGAACUACUCUCGCUUCAUGAACCACAGCUGUCAGCCCAACUGUGAGACGCAGAAGUGGACGGUGAACGGCGACACGCGCGUCGGCCUGUUCGCCGUCUGUGACAUCCCAGUAGGUACCGAGUUGACCUUUAAUUACAACCUGGAUUGCCUUGGAAAUGAGAAGACCGUCUGUCGCUGCGGCGCUCCCAACUGCAGCGGUUUUCUUGGUGACCGACCUAAGAACUCAAACGGCCAAACAGCCGAGCCAAAAGGAAAGAGGUUGAAGAGAAAGUAUAAAAAGAGGAAAUCUGAGGGAAAGAAGAAGUCUGAGGAUGAUUGUUUCCGCUGUGGGGACGGAGGGCAGCUGGUGCUCUGUGACAAGAAGAAAUGCACCAAAGCUUAUCAUCUGUCCUGCCUGAACCUCACCAAGAGACCCUUUGGCCGCUGGGACUGCCCGUGGCACCAUUGUGACGUCUGCGGGAAAAACUCGGAGGCCUUCUGCCACCUCUGCCCCAACUCCUUCUGCAAGGCUCACCAGGAGGGGGCGCUGCGUCCCUUGCCUUCCACAGAACAGCUGUGCUGUCUGGAGCACGACGAGCAGGAAGGAACGGACAACCAGGAUCAGGAUGUCAGUUCUGAAACGACCGCCACUACUGCCACCAUCGCCGGCCGUCCUCCCAAAGGCUCCCGGAAGGCAGAAGGAGCCGAGGUAAAAACGAAGGGCUCCAAGAGGAAAGCAGCAGAGGCCUGAAAGGAAACUUUGCCCCCCCCCCCCUCAGUGAGCCAGAAGACCAAACUAGACUCUGACACCUGCUUCCUCCAGUUCAUGAACAAAUAUAAACCCCCACGUAAUGUCUUCAAGAUCACCAGAACCAAGACACUGUACAUCUUCGUCAUCAGGGAAAGCCGCUGAUCUCUCACAUGCUCGGCAACAGCCUCUAGCUAAAUGCAAACAUGGCAUAUUUUAUUUGUGAACGUUUUCAGGUUUAUUUUCUCUUGUCUGCACUGAGGCGAAACCAUCUGUGGUAAAGCACGAAGCAGCUGAGUGAGUGCAGGUCGGGAAACUUCGGCUAGUGGAUUCUAACUCUCAUUCUUCCACCGACCAAACUGCCUUUUUUUUUUUUUUUUUUGUUUGUUUGUUUUUAUUGUCGUCUUUGUUUUGAUGAUUUGAUUUUUAGAAUAACAAAAGAAACCAGUUGGUUUCUGCAGGAAAAAAACUGAAGUUAAACUGAGCAGCAGCAUCACCGCCCGCUAACUUGAAUCUCAGUCGCCCCCUUUCACGCACCACGGAUGAUCUUGAACAGCAGAGUUUUAUAGCUAUAUCUAUAUAUGUGUAUAUCAAAGACCAAAAUUAUGAUUACUGGAAUAGUGUGAGACAUCAAACAGGUUGCCAAAUGGAUUGUUUUUAUUUUUAUAUAUAGUGUAUAUAUGCCAGAUGUAAUAUCAAAACACCAAGACACUAUGGAUAGGCCUCAGAUGACCUCUUUACUUCUGUUUCGUAGCCAUAGGUUACAUUUAACUGUAGACAUUUGUUUGCUGUUUUACAACCUGUUAUUUUGUUUUAGCUCAGUUUUACUGUUCAAAUUAGAUUUUUGAUUUUGAUUUUUGAUUUUACACGUCAGCAUGCUGAAUGAUGGCACCACAGACCAUUUAUCUACCUGCCUGUCCAGAGAACGAGGGAUUACAGAAAGUAUUAAAACCCGAGAGCGCUCUUAAACUGCCGUCUGAUAUAAAAACACUACUGGGAGGUUAAUAGAUCUUUAACGCUCUGCUCGAUGUCAGAGAAAUGAAGGAUUACGUGUUUUCUAAGUUGAGUUGUGAGUCCUAACCCUUUUUUUUUAAGAUGCUGUUUGUCUUUCCACUGCAGCAUCUGAAGGCACAGUUUUCUGUAUAAAUACACACACAUCAUGCUGAUUCAAAUUCUGAAUGCCUUUCAGUGUCACUGGCCGGACUUUUUAUUGACGAUAAGUUCAUUGAAUAGUUGGUCUGUAGCUGAGGUUGUCAACGAAAAGGCCUCAACUGUUUUUUAAUCCUCAGGAGGUUUUUAGUCUAAAAACUGCGUCCUGCUCGUUGUUUAAUACUGUAGAGCAGGUUAACGGCACACUGUAUAACACCUUGUAACUGCAAGUUUGGUAACGAUUUUUCAUAUUUGUACUUGACAUGAAGCAUUACAGGUUUAGGAAAAGAGUUAAGGAAACUAUAUAGGCUACGGUGGCCAUUUUAGGACAUGUCAGACUGUGCUGUCAUACAUCAGUGUUAUCCGUGAGCUCCGUCUGCACUCGACUGGAGUUACUGUAACUUUUGACGAAUACGAUUUGCAUCAUCAGACAUUUUUAAAGUUAAAACUAUAACUGAGAAACCCAAAAACAGAGAAAUAUAUGGAUGUCUUAAUAAACCAGAUUUUAAUGGACAUUAGAGUGAAAACGUUGACUUAUUCCGUAGCUGAUGGAGGAUUUAGCAGUCGUGAUGGGCAUUUUUCACUAUAAUUUGAGAUUUAAAGACAAUUGAGUGGAAAUAAAAGGCAGAUUAAUCAAUAAUGAAAACGAGCAGUAUUUCCCACCCUUAUGCUGAUAGUGCUAUAUUAUCAAUACACUAUAUGUUUAAUACUGUUUUAUCUGUAGCCCUCACGGGACCCACUCUGCAGUCUUACAGCCAUCUCGAAUUUCCUGGUGGGUUUUCUGGUGCUACAUAAUAUCCAGUCUAAUGAAACUGAGGCUCAUCACUGAAAUAUAUAUAUAAAUAUAUAUAUUUACGCAUUGUUUGAUAGUUUUGUUUGAUUCUGGUGCAGAUUUAAGUAUUUAACUGUCAAAGUCAAGUGAACUGAUGUUGAACGAGCUCUAGCUGCAGCCUGUGGUUUGAGACUUCACUAACUGAACUACCUGCAACCCCAUACACGAUCACCUGAGCGCUCUUUCAGACGCGGACAUUUAUAGACCGUUUGUGAGCGACAACCUUUUUUUUUUUUUGAGGCAGCACGUAUUUGUUAUCAGUGUAAGAGAGAUGCUUGCAGAGGAACCUCCUUUUUAAAUCUUCUGAGUCAGUAUUGAAAUGGCUUCAUAAUGAUACGGGUGUACAGUCACUACACGCUAUCAGCACGUAUGUAGUGAUGAGCCUGAUGUCUGUUGGACUGGAGCUGGUAGUCACACCGAGCUGAGCCUUACAGAGUCCUGAAAUGUCCUGAACUGGCAUUGCACUCACGUUUUUCUGACGUCCGUCUGCCCCCAACAGUGAUUAUCGUACGUUUUGUCGAAUGGAUCUGUCGUAUUUAUCUCGCAUCAAGCAAACAGAACGUUUAAUGUUUACAGUUAUUCUCAUCAGCCUCUCUUUUGGGUCGGUCACGAGGCUACAAACAAAAGUCUUGUGCUUUUUUUAAAUGUCAUAUUUGACGUGUUGGACGGUUUUCCUCUUCAGAAUCUGAAUCUCUUUGUUUUGGACUUGUCUUUUUAAUCUUAAAGCCACUAUCUGUGCUCUCUUCUUCCUCUCUAAAACUCCAAAAACAACAGAUUUAAGUUGUACAGGUGCAACAGGCCAAGUUUUUGUUUUUUACAACUGCACCUUUUUUAUUUUAUUUUUUUUUAUUUUUGUGUUCUCCUUUUUUCCCAGGGCGUGUGAAUGGGGCAUGUCCAGAGGUGCAGCGAGUCUCGUACAAGUAUUUUUGACUUUGUAUGUAUCCUAACCUUGUGUUGAGUGAAUGUAGUCCAGCCAGUUAUUUUUGUAAGCACUGUAAUUCCCUGUAGAGCUGAAGUGUAACACGUGCGUAGGGGUUUCUCAUUCUGUAACUACUGUCAUAGUAAAACCAGAGACUAAUAUGUACAUAAUGUAUAAGUGGUAAUAGUGAUGCAUCUAUUGUAAAUAUACAAUUUCUCUGACAUUGUAUGUUUUUGUUUUUUUUUUGUUUUUUUUUUCUUGAUGCAGUGCUGAAACACUUUUGUGCAGGAUCUCACGUCUGUUGAAUCGUGCAAUAAAAAGUGACAUCCAC